AUGGCAAUUAUAAGUGCACCUGGCCAUAGAAUACAGCUCAUAGCUGGCGUUCUAUUCACGGCGAUACCACUUUGGCUUCUGGCAUGGCACUUUCGAGUGCGGACUCCUCUUUUCGUCAGCCGGCACAUACCCCAUCACAAUGCCUGGACGAUAGACCGCGAAACAUUCAUCCAAGAAUGGAUGGACAAUCAGAUCGGUAAUGAACCGAACAACUCGGCCAUCUCUUUCUUAUGUCGCCAACCAAACAUCAAAUGGCAGCCAGACGUAGUGCUGGAUCUGGACGAUGCCAAUGGUGGGAUAGGCAAUGUUCGAGGCAACAUCUUCGACUUCCUUGGUCUGGCCAUCUUGAGCGGAUCUUCGAUCGUGCUACCUAGCUUUCAAUCAAGAUCUUCGACAGAUCUGAGCGCUCUUUGGAAUGGCAAGAUACCUUUCAGCACAUUCUUCGACGAAGACCACUUCAUAGCCACCUUCGCAGCAGCGUGUCCAAAGAUGACCAUCUACAAACCGAAAGGCAAUCAUUCUCUACCGCCUCCCCUUCACAAUCGCUACGGCAUGCCGAGUAUGCGACAAGAUCUCUACCCAGAUACCCGCGAUACAGAAAAACCAAACACACCUUCAGCGGCGGUAAAAGACCUCCAAUCCUGGAUUCUCGCUCAACCCGACCGCGAUCCCAAGAAUAUCACUCUCAUCAGUGUUGGCCGCACUCUCUGGGAAGGCCUGGAUACCCGCUCUUUACCUCCAGCCGUCCGUCGCGACUUCGGCUCCUCCCUGCGUUUGAUACCAGAAGUCCGCCGUCUAGCUGCCCUGGUAACUUACAAUCUCGCCCUCACCCACCACCUCCACGACAUCGACCCCCGCCUCCCCUACUACCCAUCCUCCUUCCUAGGCGCCCACCUCCGCACAGAAAACGAUGCCAAAAAUGCCGGAUGGUUGGAAAACGCCACACCCUCCGCCCACGCCGAUUUCGACGGCCAAACAGACGCAUAUCUAUCCCAAGCCGUGGAAAGAAACUUGCAAAUCAUAUACGUGGCUUCCGGCAACAUCUCCGAAAUCUCCAAAUUCGCAAAAAAAGCAUCUCUCUUGCAUAAUAUAACCGUCACCCACAAAACUGCCCUUUUAUCACCCACAGACCUUUCCACUUUACAAGCGCUUUCUUGGGAUCAACAGGGAUUGGUUGAUUAUGAAGUUUUGAGGAGAAGUAGUUCGUUUGCGGGAUAUGCGAAGAGUAGUUUUGCGUUCAAUAUUGCUAUCACCAGGAAUGAGUUUGUGGAUUGGAAUAGGGAGAGUUUGAGGUUGAAGCCGGGGGAUCGGAGGAGGGAGGAUUUGGCUUUUGAUGAUGGGGUUAGUAGGAUUUGGGGGAGGUUUGAGUGGCAGGAGGAGAGGAUGUUGAGGGGUGCUUGGCCUUGA